CGACUAUGGGACUCACUCAGUCUCAUUCAAGUUUCAGUGUUAAAUAGCGUUCUGUGUUGGAAGGUACAGCUCUUUAAGACAGUAAUAUAAAAUAAAUUUAAUAAAAACGGAUUGUUAUAUCGGUACAGCAUCUAGAACAUAAAUAUACAAUAUGUUUGUGGCGUUAAAAGUGUAUUUCAAGGACUCUUAAUUAUUUUAAAUUAUAUUUCAGGAAGAAAAUAUAAAUGAUGGAGAAUGUUCAAGAUUCAGAAAACAAUGCAGCCAUAUCCAAGUCUACAUUUUCAAACAAAAACUGCAACAAAAUUCAAGCAAUAAGGAGUUAUAGCUCAAAGUCCAUGCAUUCCGGAAGCAACUCAAGUGGUAGCAGCGGAUAUGGCGGCAAGAAGUUUACUUCUGGCUACGGCUACAAACCGGGUGGUAUAUUAAAUAAGAAGCAGGAUACGGAAAAUAAUGCCAAAGUUUCGGAUUCAGCUUAUUCUAACAGCUGUAGCAACAGCCAGUCUAGAAGAAGUUACAGCUCAAAAUCUAUGCAUUCUGGGAGCAACUCGAGUGCGAGCAGCGGAUAUGGUGGCAAACCGUCCACUUCUGGUUACAGCCAUGCUAUUCAAAUGCCAGAAAAGAGAAUUAAAGAUAAAGAAGCGAAGAAAAAAAAGAAAAUUCAAAUCGUAUCAAAAGUAAAAAAAGAUAAAUAUGUAAUCAUUCAAAGUGUACCCGAACUGGAGCCCGUCUUCGAGACGCCGAAAGAAAAUACCAAUAAUGUUGUCCUGACGCCGCCGCCUGUUCUUGAGCUAGAAAAGAAAACGCCCGAGAUGAUAAUGGACAUUUCAAGUGCGCUCAAAUGCAGCAUCAAGAAAGAGUGUGUUCCGUGUAACACUCCGGUUGUCACAGCAUUGAACUGCGUCACUCGUACAAAUCUUACAGAACAUUGCAUGAAUGGAUUUUCGUGUGUGAUAUCGAUGCAAGACGGUAUCGUGAUGUACACGACUACAUCGAUAACGACAGCUCUCGGAUUUCCCAAAGAUAUGUGGCUUGGCAGAUCGUUCAUAGACUUUGUGCACCCACGAGAUCGCAACACAUUCGCAUCUCAGAUAACGAGCGGCUUGACAAUACCAAAAAAUGUAAACGGUACGCAAUUAAAAGUUCCAGCUCAAGGUAAUCAAACGUCGACCAUGGUUUGUCGGAUAAGAAAAUACAGAGGGCUCACGUCAGGAUUUAGAAUUAAAGAGAAGAUCGUGUCAUACAUGCCCUUUCUACUGAAAUUCUUCUUUAAAAAUAUAAGAGAUGAAGACGGUCACGUUAUCUACCUAGUCAUACAGGCUACUCCUUUCUUUUCGGCAUUUAAAUCGGCGAAUGAAAUCAUUGUAAAUGCAAAACCAUUCGUAAUAAGACAUUCGGCGACUGGAAGUCUAGACUAUAUAGAUACCGAAUCGGUACCUUACCUGGGCUACUUACCUCAGGAUAUCGUUCAAAAGGAUGCUUUGCAGCUGUAUCAUCCUUCAGAUCUUGGAUAUUUGCGUCAAGUUUACGAGGCCAUUGUGAAGGAAGGCGUAGUGGAGCGCUCAAAGCCUUAUAGGAUGUUGACUCAAAAUGGGGAUUAUUUAAAAUUGGAAACUGAAUGGUCUUCUUUUAUUAACCCAUGGUCCAGAAAACUUGAAUUCGUAACGGGCAAACAUUUUAUAAUAGAGGGUCCGAGCAAUCCGGACGUCUUCCAGACAGAGGAAACGGAAAGAAUUGAAAAAAUACCAGAGGAAGAGCAAAAGAAAGCUCAACUUUUGAGACAAAAUAUAACUCGAGUAAUGAAUGAGGUUCUCACUAAGCCAGCGGAAGCUGCUAAGCAGCAAAUGGGGAAAAGGUGUCAGGAUUUAGCGUCGUUUAUGGAGAGCCUGUUGGAAGAAACACCGAAUAACAACAAUGACGCGGAUUUGAAACUAGAAAUACAAGAUCCGGACAAUAAUUUCUAUGAGCGUGAUUCGGUGAUGCUUGGUGGUAUGUCGCCGCAUCACGAUUACAAUGACAGCAAGUCUAGCACAGAAACUCCUAUUAGCUACAAUCAGCUCAAUUACAACGAAACUCUUCAAAGGUAUUUUGAUAGUCACCAACCUUAUGAAGAAUAUCCUCUGGAUGAUAACAAACUAGAAUUAAGAGAAGCUGAGAAUAGUAAAUGCGCGUUACCAGUAGAACGAGAAAUUGAUGAAUUUGGCGAGAAAGGAAACUUGUUUGGGGCGAAUUCACUUCUUAUGACACAAUACAGUCAUCCCUUAGGCGACUACCAAGCCGUUCGGUUAACUGAGACCCUGCUGAGCAAGCAUAACUCAGAAAUGGAAAAAGAUUUAGUCAAAAUACACCGUGAUAGCCGAAUUUAUAGCAAAGUCGAGAAAGAGAAAAUAUCAGACGAAAUGAAACAGAAGAAAAGGGAACAUCUAGCGAGAUGUAACGCCUACAUCCAACAGUCGAUCCUCGAAAAUUCAGAACAAAAGGCGCAUGGUGUAAAGCGUUCAUCCAAGCAGUUAGAAGAAGGGACUGCGCACAAACACAGAUGUUCCUCGGCGAGAUUAAUAAGACAGAAGCAGAUAGCGAGAGCCGCAAAUACGCAGUCCACGCCGACGCCGACAAUGGUGCCUUAUUUGAUGUUUGGUCAGGCUGUCUACGCACCGCCUUUCAUGUAUUCGUCUAUCGAUCCUCAAAUUUCAUAUACCCUGCAACAAAGCUUCGUUCCACAAAUUCCGAACAUACAUUCUUUAGGAAUUUCAACUCAAAAUUAUGAAGAGGCGUGUAGAUUGACUUUACUACCGAAGACUGGCAAAUCAUUCAAUUACCUUACAAGGAAGAGGGAGAAGAUAAUCGAAAAAAAUAUAUUUCAAGCAUGUGAUGUCAGUAUCUAUUCUGCUGAGGCUUCGAUCCGGAGCACAGAAGCUAUAAUUGAAAACCGUAAUAAGAGGAAGCUGCGACUGGGCAACAGUGAUGGUACAAACGAAAAAACCGACGAAGAGUCCAGUUACUCGUCAUUUUAUUCAUCAUUCUUCAAGACUGAUUCUGGUAGUAAUGAGGAAAGCGAUGGAAAAAAUACAAAUACUGGAGAAGGAAAAUGCUGGCGUAAACCAAAUCAAUGUGGGGAUGCAAUGCCAUUUCAGAGUUAUGAAAUGGUUAAUAGUGAGAUAAAGGAUAAGAUCGCGCCUAGAAGGAAUAUUGAACCGCCUUGGAUGAAACAAAACCCAAAGCCAGUCGGGAAUAUGGACCGUUUAUUGGUACGUGUCACUUCGGAACUUAUUUACAAAUAUCAAAUACUUACCAAAGACGUGGCUGAGGUCCUGAGUUGUGAUAAGAAAAAGUUAGAAAAAUUAGAACAACCUUCAUUAGUAAACGAACAACUUGACCAAUUAUACUUGGAUCUUCAGUUACAAGGAGUAGCUGCGAAAUUAACUCUUGAGGAGGGGAUCACUAGUUCCAGCAGUUCUGGUGAAGAAUCGUACGUCACCACAAAAACGAAGAUUCGACGCCGAAAGCGAGAGUAUAGCAAAUUAGUAAUGAUUUAUGAAGAGGACGCACCCCUCCCGCCUCCAGACGAGGAAGACGUUCCCUUUAGUGCGUAGUGUUACAAAAGAAAUUUACUUAGUAUUUAAUUGUAUUAAAAAUACUUAUUAUAGUUAUUUAAUAUAUAAUAUUAUUUGUAAAUAUGAAUGUCCUUCAGAGGCAUUAACAGCACAAUAUUGUCAUGCCAAAGUUACAUUGCACUUCGUGUUUUUGUAUAGGUAAUUUUAGUAAUAAUU